UUUUCGCCAUUGCACAUGGCUUCGCGGCUAUUUAAUAAGUUUCUGGAGAGCCUGCGAACAACACAGAGUUCAAUACACGUGAAAAUGAAGAUGAAGAUGGCUUUAAGUUUAGUAUGUCCCCUCCUCCUUUUGUUUCUCUCUGCACUGCCUUGUUAUAUUUCUUUGCUGCAUUCGCCUUCUUACUACUCUGAUCAACAAGCUCUUCUCUCUUUUAAACAUUCACUUUCUCUCCACCCCAACAAUUCUUUGUCCGAUUGGUCUCCCCAUCAUUACCUCUGCAACUGGACUGGUGUGGCCUGCUCUUCUCGUCAUCAGCGUGUGGUUUCCUUGAAUCUCACAGGUAUGUCUUUAGCAGGCCCCAUCUCUCCUUUCCUUGGCAAUCUCUCUUUUCUUAGAGUACUUGCUCUCCGGAAUAAUAGCUUUCACGGCCAAAUUCCUUCUCAACUGGGGAAUCUUUUUCGCCUUAGAGUACUUAGAUUGUCCAAAAAUAAAUUGGAAGGCUCCAUUCCCUCCACUCUGGCUAACUGUUAUUCUUUGCAACGUCUCAUUCUAUCCUAUAACCUUUUGAGUGGAAUUAUACCUUCCCAGCUUGGCCUUCUCUCACAUUUACAGAUCCUUGUUCUAGGGGUAAACAAACUAACAGGCAUAAUCCCGCCUUCUCUAGGAAACCUGUCAUCUUUAGUUGACUUGAAGUUGGGGGAAAAUAAACUCCAUGGUGAUAUUCCCAUUGCUCUUUCCAACUGCACUCUUCUCCAAAAUCUUUCCCUUGACAGCAACACCCUGACAGGAGUAAUUCCUAACAAAUUAGGUAUGCUUACCCAACUCAGAGAGCUUUAUCUUUCACACAAUAAUUUGACAGGAGUAAUUCCCAUUGCCCUUUCCAAAUGCACUCUUCUCCAAAUUGUGUCAUUAGCUUCUAACAAAUUAACUGGCCAUAUUCCUAAUGAACUGGGUAUGCUUAAUCAACUUAGAGUGCUUUAUCUCAACGACAACAACUUGACAGGAGUGAUCCCUGAUUCCAUUUCCAACUGUACUCUUAUCCGAGUUUUACAAUUAAAUCACAACCAAUUAACUGGUCGCAUUCCUUCAGAGUUAGGCAAAUUGUUCCAACUUGAAAAACUUCUUUUAUGGGGUAAUCAUCUUGUGAGCGGAAGUCGUGGCUUGUCUUUUCUAACAGCCUUGUCUAAUUGUUCCUCUUUAAAAUAUCUACAGUUGUCUGAGAAUUAUCUUACUGGCACUUUGCCCUCUUCUAUUAGCCAUUUAUCAAGCCGACUCUUUUCUUGGACAUUGGACUCCAAUAAAAUUGAGGGAAACAUACCAAAUGGUAUUGGAAACCUCACAAACCUGGUAAUAUUAGAUUUAUCUAAUAAUCAUUUCAGUGGUUCCAUUCCAUUAGCACUCAGUCACCAUCCAAAUCUUCAAAAGUUGUUUUUGGAUAAAAAUAAUUUGAAUGGAAGAAUUCCAGAGAGUUUUGGUCAUGCAAAAAGACUUGGAUUAUUGUCAUUAAGUGAAAACAUGAUUUCAGGUGAAAUUCCAAAAAGUCUUGGUGAUCUUCCACAACUAAGAGAUCUUGUUCUUCAUCACAAUCAAUUGUCAGGGAGACUACCUGCUAGUUUAGGGAGAUGCAUCACUUUGGAAAAGGUGGAUUUGGCUCACAACAAACUAGAAGGAAAUAUACCUCUUGAAUGGGCAGCUCUUGAAAAUCUCCAAUUUUAUUUCGAUAUUUCCAACAAUUUAUUACAAGGUUCUAUUUCAGUAAUGAGUAAAAUGGUAAUGGUCCAAGCUAUAGAUGUGUCUGUCAACAACUUCUCAGGAAAUAUUCCAGAUGUGCUAUCAAGUUGCACAAACUUACUGUAUUUGAAUCUUUCAUGUAAUUCAUUUGAUGGCCUAAUACCAACAUCACUCACAAGUCUAAAAAAUCUUCAGGUUAUUGAUCUCUCAAGCAACAAUUUGUCAGGUACGAUCCCAAUGGCUUUCCAAGAAAUGAAAAUGCUUCAAUAUAUCAAUCUCUCUUCAAACAACUUAAUAGGAGAAGUUCCAAAGAGAGGAGUUUUUGCAAGAAUUGACAAGUCAGCAGUUUCUGGAAAUGUUGGCCUCUGUGGUGACUGGAUUAAAUUACAACCAUGCUUUGAUUCCAAACACAAACAAUUCUUGUUCUCUAAAAAGGUGAUAAUACUAGUUGUGAUUAGCAUUGCAAUCUUCAUCAUGUCUUCUGCAGUGUUCUUAUUUUUUUAUAGGAGGAAUACAAAUCAAAAUAUCCCAAACCUCAACUUUGGGCCUGAAAGGAUUUCAUAUGAAGAGCUUGUAGAUGCAACUAGUGGAUUUAGCCAAACCAAUCUAUUAGGAGUUGGUAGUUUUGGAUCUGUUUAUAGAGGGAUUCUCAAAAAUGGUACAAAUACUGCUGUUAAAGUUCUCAAUUUGCAGGAUGAAAAUGCUAUCCGAAGUUUUGAAACAGAAUGCAAUGUGCUAAAGAGAGUUAGGCAUCGCAAUGUGAUCAAAAUUAUUUCAGCAUGUUCUAACCUUGAUUUUAGAGCAUUGGUUCUUCCAUUCAUGUCAAAUGGAAGUUUAGAGAGAUGGCUAUAUCCUCAGGGAGGACAUGAAUGCAGAUUAAAUUUGGCUGACCGAUUAAGAAUAGCAAAGGAGAUAGCACAAGGAAUGGAAUAUCUACAUCAUUAUUGUUUUGUUCAAGUUAUUCAUUGUGACCUGAAACCCAGUAAUGUGUUAUUAGGGAAUGACAUGACUCCACAUAUAGCAGACUUCGGCAUUACAAAACUCUUAUUUGAGAAUUCAAUGAAUUCAUUGACUUCUACAACUGCACUAAAGGGAUCUAUUGGCUACUUUGCACCAGAGUAUGGACUUGGUGGGAGUGUUUCAACAAAAGGAGAUGUCUACAGCUAUGGAAUUCUACUUUUAGAAUUGUUGACAAGGAGGAGACCAACAGAUACCAUGUUUGUAGAAGGUAUUAAUCUACCAAAAUGGGCAAGUAUAGAUUUUCCAAAUAAAAUUGAAGAAGUGGUGGACAACCAACUGCUUAGAGAUGUUAAUGAGUCAAAUAAAGCAAUGGUGUUAACAUGCCUUAGUCAAUUUAUGCAAGUAGGAUUGGUUUGCACAAGGGAGCUGCCGCAACAACGUCCGAAUAUGAUGGAGAUAGUUGAAAGAUUAGAAAAAAUAACAAGUGCAUUUCUCGGUACUCCAAGAGAUUUUCAUUUGCCAAUAAAUAUCUUACCUUUGCUUGAGAGUACAAAUGAACCAAGAAAUUGUAAUUCAAGGAGCCCUAAAAAUUGGUCUACAUCUACAUCUUAGCUCUUCACUCAACUAAUAGCAAGUGUUAAGUAUUCCUGUCUGGUUUUGUCAUAAAUUAUUUCUUAUAGAAAACCUUUUUUAAUAAUUUACUAUAUGAAUUUAGUCAA